AUGGCAACCGCAAGCUUAGAGUGGCUCAUGAAAGCGUUCCCUGCUCUUCUUCUUCUUCUCUCUCUUUGUUUCUCGCUGUAUAUCUUUCUUUAUUUAUCUUUCCUGUCUAUUUCUGCAUCAUUUCUUUCUGCAUCGCAUGGAUUGAUGUAAACGAACAGAGAAGAGAAGGAAUGUGGGUGUAGACAGGGGAGAGGAGAGAAGAGGAGGAAAUGGAGAGAGUGAUUGCAGGGUGUCUGUGUGAGUGCUCCUCUUUAACACACAACAAUCCAGAUCCGGUUCACGGCUUCAGGAAACGUCAGACUCACGUCUAAUCUACUGCAACGACAUGACACUGAUAUGUCCCACACUAAUGAAACGGAGACGUCCUCACCUAAAAACAGCCGAGCCAUCAAUGAACCAGUCACAUGACCAUAAAGAAGAGACAGAAGAAGAUGACAUCACUUCAUCCUUAUGCCCACUGUGUGGGCGUGUCUUUGACAUGCCCCUCCUCCUGCCCUGUGCACAUACUCUGUGUGGGCGGUGCCUAACAGAAAAGGCGAGGUUAGAUAAACGCAGGUCUGCACUAAGACCCACGCCGCAGGCCUCCUGUACGAUCUGUGCCGUCCUCUGCCCGCGAUGCUGCCAUGCCGUGGAACUGCCCUGUUCUGAUUGGUCAACUGCUACUGCAUGCCUACCUCUUGACCCCACACUGACCUUUGACCCCAGAGGUGGUGCACUGGCGGAUGAUGAGAAUGAGGAGGGGGUCAGGAAUAAAACUGCACAGAAACCAGGAGGCGACGUGGAGCUGUCAGAGGAGGAGAUGGAGCGCUCUGUCUCAGGUCUUCUCUUUGCUUUAGACUCCUCCUCUAUAGCCCCACCCCUCCAGCUCACUAACUCUGCCCUCACGGUCACCUUCAGGAACCCCGGAGGUCAGGCCCGUGACCUCUGUGCGUCCCUCCCUCAGGUGUGUGCUGAUGUGGAGAUCCUCAGGGGACAGUACUACUGGGAGGUUGAUGUGUGCAACAGCGCCCUCUAUCGCAUCGGUGUGAGCUCAUUGGCUAGUGCUAAGGCGUGGUGGUUUGAGAGGCGGGGUUCUGGAUUCCAUGUUGUCUUUGAUGGCCGAUGCGAGCUCCUCCCCUCGGUCCCGCCACAGCUUAAAACAGUGGGUGUGUUCUUAAAUGUGGGUGGGGCUUCGCUAACCUUCCACAACCCGCUAACAGAAGAACUUCUUGCCGCUGUCCCAUCCAUCUUCACUCCUCCUCUUUGCCCCGCCUUUCAACUGGGCCAAGGAAGGCUGAAACUCCGCCCCGGCCUGCCUCCACCUAACCACGUCUUUCUGAGCCGUAACUCGGCGUACCGGGGACCUGAAGGAGCGGGACGUGGGCGGUGGAGGCGGGACGUUGCGUUCGGAUCAGUCAGGGCCGUGAUACAGAAAUUUGAAGAAAUGUCAGCUUCGGAUUCUGACUCGGGUCUGAUGUCCAGCUGUAGCUCCAGUUCCACGCUGACCUCCAUCCCUGACCCGAAUGCAGAGACGUCCACACAUCGUCCUGCACAAGAACCCGAGGGUGCCACUUAAUAGUCAUUUUGUAAUCGAGAUACACUAUAUGGACGAAAGUAUUUGGCCAAACCUGCAAUGACAUUGUAUCCAAACACAUAGACUUAGAUAUAGACUUGGUCCCUGUUCUGCAGCUGUAACAGAUUCCACUUUUGCAGUGUUUCUGUGGGAAUUCGUGCCCAUUCAUUCUGUAGAGCAUUUAUGAGGUCAGGCACAAUCUUCACUCCAGUUCAUCCCAAAGGAGCUCGAUGGGGUGGAGGUCAGGGCUCUGUGUUAGGGCCGGUCAGGUUCUUCCACACUGAACUCAUUAAACCGUGUCUUUAUAGUGUCAUGUUGGAAGAGACUUUCUACAAAGUUGGAAGCAGAGCAUUGUCUAAGAUGUCUUGGUAUACUGGACCUGAUUAAAACAUCUGAAUUCAGUCAUUAACAGUUUUGGUCAAAUACUUUUGCCCAUAUAAUGUAAUAAAACAAAACCUGCACUUCCUGUUUCCUGUUUCACUUCAUCAAUUUGACCUGCGAUGUUAUACAUAAGCAAAUAUUUUUCAUCUGUCUUGCAACAUGUU